AUGACACCGAGAUUAUUUUUGGGGCGUUGGAAGGAAAGCAGCUUCCCCGUUAUGGGGCAGAAAUUAAUAUUUUGGUUUGCGGCUCUAUACGCUGGCGUAGCAGCCUCACCAAGGUAUCCGGAUGAAAGCCCUUUUGCCCGUAUAGCAGUAGAAACGACUCCAGACCAUGAACCUCUUGGCCCUCCUAUUCGAUCGUCCGUUGAAAGCAUACCAUUGAGAAACGUAUAUGAAGAAGGAGAAGGAAGACUACCUCUAAGAGAUGCUGUGGAAAAGCGUCUAAUUCCAGUGGCAGACCAGGAAUCCUUAUACAAAUACUUAAAGGAUGCUGAAAGGACAGCGGGGUAUGUCGAGAGCAAUGAGGAAUAUAAAAAGUAUUACGGAGCUGCCAAUCACUUAAACAAUAACCCGCCCAAUGAUGACAGAUUAGAACAGGGAAAUGCAAACCUCGAAGCAAUGCAACAGACAAUGAAUGAACCAAACACGAAGAAGCUGGUGGUAUGCUACAUAGAGUCUUGGGCCGCUUAUCGCGCACCGCCGCUCGCCUUUACCGCAGGACUCGUGCCGAAAUCCUGUACACAUCUACACUACGCUUUCGCAGUCUUACAUCCUCACACCUACGCUGUGAUAUCGGCAAAUGAAGACUACGAUAUUAUCAAAGGUGGAUAUCGCAUCGCGACUGGUCUGAAACGUCGCAUCCCAGGUCUUCGGGUCAUUAUCAGCGUAGGUGGUGACGGAAUGGAACGACUUUUUAGUGAAAUGGUACAAGAGCCCAACAGGCGAAAUUCAUUCAUUGACAGUGCGGUCACCUUCCUCCAAGAACACGAUUUCGAUGGUCUCGACCUUCAUUGGGUGUAUGCAGGAGACAAAGACGAAAAGGAAAAAGAAUUAUUAACCACUCUAUUAUACGAGCUUCGCGAAAAGUUUUCGUCGUAUGGAUACCUUUUAUCUACAGUUUUACCUCCAUUUAGAUACCAAAUAGAAGACGGCUACGAUCUAAGUGCGGUGAGCGGUGCUACAGACUACAGCAUCCUGCAGGCGUGGGACAUGACGUACGCUAGACACGCGGGCGACGACGCACCGCCACGCGCGCUACAGCACAGCCCGCUGCACCGGGACCCCGGCGCCGCCGCCCGCGACCAGCGCUAUGAUAACAUCGAAUUCAUGGUGAAAUAUAUCCUUCGUCACGGGAUGUCUGCUGACAAACUAGUGCUGGGCAUUCCGGUGUUCGGGCGCAGCUACAGGCUGGCGACGUCUACGCUGCCGGCUCCCGGCGCCAAGGUCGACGGCUGGGGAGACGAGGGACAGUACACACAGACUAAGGGAAUGCUGGCUUAUUUUGAGAUUUGUAUGAACGAACGCGAAGGUAAAGGGGUGAGUGGAGUGGACGCGGCUGGCAACGCCUUUGCCGUCUUUGAUAACCAGUGGAUAAGCUACGACACACCAGAUACAGUAUUAAAAAAGAUGAAAUUUAUCAUGAACAUUGGUCUGGCGGGUGCAGCGGCGUGGGCCAUUGACAUGGAUGACUUCCGCGGCUUGUGUGGGAGACCUUUCCCUAUCAUGAGUGCUAUAUCCACCACCUUGAACGGUGAAGUGACUCUAACCGAUCAAUCGACACUCAAAGUUGGUUCGUGUGAGUCUAACAUGCCUUACUUGGCAUCGGACGAGGAGUCCUGCGCGCACUUCCACUUCUGCACCGGCGGCAUCAGCUACAGGAUGAUCUGCGAGGAUGAGAGACUCUACGAUCCUUCUACUGGAUUUUGUGGGCACCAAGAUGUUGGAAAAUGUAUACCGGGACAAAGUCUAAGAAUAAGUAUAGAAGAUGCAGCUCGUUUCUUGGCCCAAGCUUACGAAAUUGACUUUGAAUGGAGCAGCGCCACAAAUAAAGAUGUUCAUAAUUUGGAAUCAGAUCGAUUAAUUACUUAUCAAUCACAAAAAGGACAAGAUAGGGACAAUGAGAAACGAGUAGUAUGUUACAUGACCAGCUGGGCCUUCUACCGCCGCGGCGACGGAAAGUUCGUCCCCGAGCAAAUUGACACGCGCCUCUGCACGCACGUCGUGUACGCGUACGCUUCGCUCUCCCCCGACGAACUUAUUGCUAAAGAGUUCGAUCCGUGGGCUGAUAUCACUAAUAAUCUCUACGAGCGUGUAACAUCACUAAGCGACGUGAAGGUGCUACUGGGUCUGGGAGGCUGGACCGACUCUGCCGGCGACAAGUACUCCCGCCUGGUCUCAUCCUCUACUCUUCGCACGCGCUUUGUGGAAAGACUGGUCACUUUCUUGCGUACUCACAACUUCAAGGGAGUCCACUUAGAUUGGAACUAUCCAGUGUGUUGGCAAAGUAAUUGCAAGAAGGGCGCUAAAUCUGAUAAAGCAAACUUUGCCAAAUUGGUUCAGGAAUUAUCAAAAACCUUGCAUGCGGCGAAUAUGGAACUGGGGGUGUCUCUCUCAGGGUACAAGGAAGUAAUAGAGUCCGCGUACGACUUGCCGAAGAUAUCGGCCGCCGCCGACUUCAUGAGCGCCAUGACGUACGACUACCACGGCGGGUGGGAGCGCACUACGGCGCACCACACACCGUUAGUGCCGCUGAAGUCUAGUGAUCCCCUUUCUUAUUAUUGUAUUGAAUACGCAAUAAAAGAACUAAUUAGCGGCGGUGUGGAUCCCAAGAAGCUAAUGCUCGGGCUCGCAUUCUACGGACAGUCGUUCCGGCUGGCGGAGGCGGAGGGCGCCCGUAGCGCCGGUGCGGCGGCCGCAGGCCCCGGGGAGCCCGGCGAAUUCACCAAGCAGCCCGGCAUGCUGGCCUACUAUGAGAUUUGCUAUAGAGUUAAAAAUCUAAGAUGGAAGACUAGCCGACAGGAGAAAGCUGGACCUUACACGUAUUCUGAUAAUCAAUGGGUGGGAUACGAUGAUCCAAAAUCUAUUACAGAAAAGGUAGAAUGGGCGAUGCGUCAAGGAUUGGGUGGAGUGACGGCGUGGGCCAUAGACCUGGAUGACUUCAGCAACCACUGUUGCGCCGAGCCGUCGCCGCUGCUCCGCGCCGCGGUGCGAGCGCUCGGCCGCCCCGCGCCGCCGCCGCCCACGCGCCCGUGCGAGCGCCCGCCCGAGCCCGUCACGCCCGCGCCGCCCACCACCACACCCGCUGAAUCUGAUGGAUCAAUUGUUGGAGGUGGUGACCACAACCACGGUAACCAUGAUCAGCACACGUCCACAACCUGGCCAAGUUGGAGCCCAUCCACGACGCAAAGCACCAUGCAUACGUGGUGGUCUCAGGCAACCACUACCCCUAUGACAACAACUUCGAAGAAACCUACAACAACUCGCCGACCAAUAACUACUACUACGACUGAGGCUGAAAUAGAUCAAGUGGAAGAUUCGUUGUGCGAAGCCGGUGAAUACCGUGCGGCGCCGGGCGACUGCGAGGCGUAUAUGCAGUGCGAGGGCGGCCGCUGGCGCAAGCACCGCUGCGCGCCUGGUCUGCACUGGGCCGCUAGGGAGAAGAGAUGUGACUGGCCAAGCUUUGCUAAAUGUACAGGAACUUCAGCGAGCGAAGCAAGUACAGCAACAACUACUUUAGCACCAAUGACAUCACGACCACCGCCCAGACCUACUACCACCAAGCCAACUACUACAACUUCGACGACUACCACUACCACUACCACCACUACCUCUACAACUGCUAAACCAACAACAGCGCCUACAAAUGAAGAUGAUAUAUCAGAAGGUAGUCCAUGUAUCGGGGAGGAUUACCACGCGGUGGCGGGCGACUGCAACUCGUACCUGCACUGUGACGGCGCGACGUGGCGCCUGCAGCGCUGCGCUCCGGGCCUGCACUGGAGUGCGCUGCAGAAACACUGCGACUGGCCCAGAUACGCUAAAUGUUCAACUUCAACCACACCCUCGACUACAACCACCACAACUACUACUACGGCUAAACCAAAACCGACACAACCCACGACAAGGCCAACGAGACCAACGAGAACGACGACUACGACAGCCUCCCCAUCCAACAAACCACGAGAAGACGGACCGUGCAGUGGCAGUGAAACGCACGCACCAGCGCCCACGUGCGACGCGUACCUGCAGUGCGUGGGCGGGCGCUGGCGCCGGCAGCUGUGCCCGCCGGGCCUGCACUGGGACAAGCGCACCAACCGAUGUGAUUGGGUCGAAUUUGCUAUGUGCGAAGUGAGGUUACCAGAAAAAACGACAAAAUCACCGCUGCAAAAUAUUUUCACCACUACAAAAAGGCCGAGGACAACAACAACAACAACGAGUAGACCUAUACCCAUUAGAACUACAACAACAAGGAGGCCUGUCACCCAAUCCGGACAGUUCCAGAAACCAACGUAUUGCGCAACGGGCACGUACCACGCGCACCCACGAUGUGAAAAGUUCUACGUGUGCGUCAACGGCGCGCUCGUCGCACAGAGCUGCGCGCCGGGUCUCGUGUGGAGCGCGCCGCGCUCGCAAUGCGACUUCCCCUCCGCCGUGGCCGCGUCCGCCUGCACCGACCGCCGCCACGUCACUACUUCUGAGUCUAAACCCAGUGCCAACCUGCAAGUUGAGGAUAAGCCUCAAUUUUGUGAAAAUGGCCAGUACGCUAUGGAUCCAGCAAGCUGCUCCAGCUACUUACAUUGUUUAUUCGGUAAAUUCCAAGAAUUUACCUGUAGUGCUGGCUUGCACUGGAACCAGGACAAACAAAUCUGCGACUGGCCCAACAGUGCUAAGUGUAAAGUACAAACAGUCCCAACUUCAACAACAACAACAACAACAACGACAACAACUGAAGUAGCACUGAUGGAUCCAGAGUCUGAAGUACUGCCGCCUCCCUCUAUACCCAUCAUAGAUAUAGUUGAUUCUGGUACUAAGCCAGAACUAUCGAAUACGCGUUAUAAACUCAUCUGCUAUUACACCAACUGGUCCUGGUACCGCCCCGGACUCGGCAUGUUCGUCCCAGAAGAUAUGGAUCCAUCAAUUUGUACUCAUAUUGUGUAUGGAUUUGCUGUUUUGGGCGAAGACGGACUUAUUAAAGCUCACGAUCCUUGGGCAGAUAUAGAAAAUAAUUUCUACGAGCGUGUAGUUAACUUCAAGAAGUAUGGCGCUAAGGUAUCUCUUGCUAUUGGUGGAUGGAAAGAUUCCGUCGGUGACAAAUAUUCCAUUUUAGUGAAUGAUCCGCAAGCUCGCGCCAAGUUUGUGACACACACUGUACAGUUCAUUGAGAAAUAUGGAUUCGAUGGCUUAGACUUGGAUUGGGAAUAUCCUAAGUGUUGGCAGGUGGACUGUUCAAAGGGCCCAGAUUCAGAUAAGGAAGGAUUUGCUGAUCUGGUCAUAGAACUUUCGGCUGUAUUAAAACCUAAGGGUCUUUUACUAUCGUCGGCCGUAUCUCCUAGUAAAAUGGUGAUCGAUGCCGGAUACGACGUUCCUAUAUUAGCACGUUAUUUAGACUGGAUCGCUGUGAUGACUUACGACUAUCAUGGCCAAUGGGACAAAAAGACCGGUCACCUUGCACCGCUCUACUAUCAUCCUGAUGAUGAUAAUACUUACUUCAAUGCUAACUACACUAUGCAUUACUGGAUGGAAAAAGGCGCGCCCGCGACGAAACUUGUGAUGGGUAUUCCUAUGUACGGUCAAUCUUUUACGACCAACUCCAUUUUGAACAAUCGUGUUACAAAUGGCCUGGGCUUGCCUGCUACAGCAGGCGGAGAGGCUGGAGAGUAUACUAGAGCUGACGGCUUCUUAGCUUACUAUGAGAUAUGUGACCGCAUUAAAAACCAAAAAUGGAACGUUGUAAAAGAUCCUGAAAACCGAAUGGGACCUUACGCUUUCAAAGAUGAUCAAUGGGUAUCGUUUGAUGACGAGGACAUCAUCAAAAGAAAAGUGAACUUUAUCAAAUCUCUAGGCUUGGCCGGUGGAAUGGUUUGGGCGAUAGAUCUCGAUGAUUUCAAAAAUAGAUGUAAGAAAGGAAAGUAUCCACUACUGAAUACGAUCAAGGAUUCUUUACUUGAUCCACAUGUAGAUUUGGAUGUAGUUAAAGAAAAACCUAUAUCUGAACCUCAAAAUACGAUAGAUGAAGACGAGUUUGAAGAUAUUGAAGUAAAACCUGCUGUUGCUAAGCCUUCCACAGUUACAUACAAACCAACAACUACUACUACUACUAAGAAACCGACUACAAGUAAGAAACCGACUACCACAAAUAAACCAACCACCGCUGAAGUACAACAUGAUGAAGAAGAAGGAUAUAAAGUUAUCUGUUACUAUACAAACUGGGCGUGGUACAGGCCAAGUGCAGCAAAGUACACGCCUACUAACAUUGACCCGACGCUCUGCACGCACAUCGUGUACGCGUUCGCAGCACUUGAUAGUUCGAAGCUGUUCAUGAAACCUCACGACAACUGGCUUGAUGUAGAAAAUAAAUUCUACGAGAAGGUUGUAGCACUAAAGAGCACUGGUGCUAAAGUAGUGAUAGGGUUGGGAGGCUGGAACGACUCCGCUGGAGAUAAAUACUCUCGUCUCGUUAACAAUCCUUCAGCGAGAAGGAAGUUUAUUCUGCACGUUGUGGACUUCAUUAAACAGUAUGGAUUUGAUGGAUUGAACCUUGAUUGGCAAUUUCCUAAGUGUUGGCAAGCUGAAUGUGAGAAAGGGCCGAAAUCCGACAAGCAAGGCUUUGCUGCCUUAGUUAAGGAACUACGUGCUGCUCUCUAUCCACGCGGGUUUUCUUUAUCAGCUGCGGCUUCUGCGAACAAGCGUGUCAUAGAUUUAGCGUACGAUGUGCCUGCGUUAGCCAGAGAUUUGGACUGGAUCUCGCUCAUGACCUAUGAUUAUCACGGACAUUGGGAUAACAAGACAGGACACAUUGCGCCUAUGUAUGCUAGCCCGGAGGACGAUGACAAUACAUUGAAUGCGAACUUCACGGUUAACUACUGGAUUAACAAAGGUACGCCUCGUCACAAACUGAUUUUGGGCAUUCCUUUCUAUGGACAAUCCUUCUCUUUGGUUGAAAAUUCUGGUAAUGGUUUGGGAGCUCCGAGUUACGCCGGAGGGGAAGCAGGCGAGGAGACUAGAGCACGAGGCUUUUUAGCCUUCUAUGAGAUCUGCGAACGCAUACGCCUCGAGAGCUGGAGCAUGGUACGUGACGCGGGCGGGCGCGCGGGCCCGUACGCCACGCACAGCGAGCAGUGGGUGUCGUUCGAUGACGCCUACAUGGUGCGCCACAAGGCGGAGUUCGUGCGCGCCAACGGGCUCGGCGGCGCCAUGGCCUGGGCGCUGGACCUCGACGACUUCAGUGGCACGCGCUGCGCCUGUGGCCGCUACCCGCUGCUCGCGACCGUCAACCACGUGCUGCGAGGGAUGGAUGAGCCGCCACCCUGCACGCUGGAAGAUGUUCAAGUGCAAAAUCCACCAUCUGCAAGUCCGACCACCACAACAACGCCCGAACUUGAACCUGAAGAUCCUACAGAAAUACUUUCUGACACGGAUAUUCCCAAUGAAGGCGCUCCCCUGGAAGGUCAGUCUUGCUCUGGUAUUACGUUCAGGGAAGAAGAGUCAGAUUGUGCGAAAUAUUACUUAUGUAUGAAUGGACAAUACGUGCAGCUGUCGUGUCCGGCGCCACUCGUCUGGAAUCAGAAUCACUGCGAUUUCCCAAAUAAAUCCAAAUGCAAGGGGAAGACGAGUUUGAGGAUAACGGACGGUAACAACGAGGUCGAAUCUGAACUGAGACCUAUCGUCGCAUGCUACUUUACUAACUGGGCUUAUUAUAGACAAGGCAAUGGCAGUUUCGGACCGGAACAGAUAGAGCCCUCUUGGUGCUCUCACAUCAUUUACUCUUGGGCGCAUCUCGACGGUGAUACCUACACAGUCGUUGCCGGUAAUCCAGAGUUGGAUAUUAGCAAUGAUUUCUACGGCAAAAUAACUGAGCUCAAACUGAAAGGCGUAAAAGUAAUCCUAGGAGUUGGUGGUAUUGAAAACUCCAUAGAUGGUAAAUGGAGUCGUAUGGCUGCAAAGUCAGAUAGAAGGAGAACAUUUGUUAAAUCCGUCAUUAGAUUCAUACAAAAAUGGAAAUUCGACGGAGUUCAAAUUGCUUGGCAAUAUCCUGUAUGCAAAGAGGCUCCUUGUUCUGAAACGGAUGCAGCAGACAGGGACAAUUUCAGUAUCUUAUUAGUAGAAUUGUCAAAAAAUUUCCGUCGUCACAAUUUGGAGCUUUCCGCUAUAGUAGCACCUAAUCCCGAAGUAGCGGCGGUGGCGUACCAGCCCACCGUGCUCACCGCUGCACUGGACUGGGUCGCUGUCGCGGCCAAUGAUUACUACGAGUCUAAUUCAAAGAGAACAGCCUAUCUUUUACCUAUGACGUCUAGUGAUCCGUAUAAAUUGGAUAAUCUGCAAACUAUACUCGAGUUCUGGUCGAAUAUAAUCCCAACGCGUCAGCUAGUGAUAGGCCUGCCGGCAUACGCGCGCUCGUACACGCUGCGCAGCGAGCACAGCGCCGGUCUGGGCGCACCUGUCGCCGGGGCCGGCACUCCUGGACCCUAUACCAGAAUACCUGGCUUCCUGGCAUACUAUGAGAUUUGUGAAUCCAAGUCCAACUGGAAGGAGACGUCAAACAGCGAAGGCACGUAUGCGGUAAGUUCUUCGCAGUGGAUUUCUUACUUGCGGCCGGAGGACAUGCGCGCGGCGGGCGCGGCGGCGACGCGUGCACAGCUGCGCGGCGCUGCCCUGUGGGCCCUGGACCUGGACGAGUGGCGCGGCGCGUGCGCGUGCUCGCUGCUCUCCGCCCUAAGGCAAGGUCUACUCGAACCGAACAUAAAUACUCUUGUGUCAGUAAAAGAAAUCCAGAUUCCUGUGAAGUGCGGGCAUGUAGCAGGCAAAUUAUGGGGUAAUGAACACGAGCAGCCCAUACUGGCCUUGCACGGUUGGCGAGACAACGCUAGUACCUGGGACACGCUCGCACCUUUGCUCUGCAAUAUACGACCGAUAUUGGCCAUUGAUUAUCUUGGACAUGGACAUUCCUCGUGGAUUCCAGAAGGGAUGCAAUAUCACCCAUGGGAUUUACCACGAUUAAUACUACAAAUAAAAAAGUAUUUUAAAUGGGAGAAAAUAUCACUUUUAGGUCACUCCAAGGGUUCCAUUGCCAGUUUACGCUUUGCUUGUCUAUUUCCAGGUGAUGUAGACUUCUAUAUCGCUAUUGAAAAUCUUAUUGUAGACGACAUUGACUUAGAAAAAAUUAUGCAUAAGUUACCAAAGUCGUUGAAAAACGUAGAUGAAAUAAAGAAAGAGCCUACUCUCUAUACGAUGGAAGAAAUGAUAAAAAUGUGGCAUUUAGGAAGUUCUAAAUCAGUGACGAUUGAAAGCGUAUCAGUUAAAGAAGUCAAAAUUCCUAUGAAAUGGGGACAUAUAGCAGGUAAACUAUGGGGUAAUGAAUACGAGCGUCCCAUAUUAGCCUUGCACGGCUGGCAAGACAACGCAGGCACAUGGGACACCCUCGCACCUUUGCUCUGCAAUAAACGCCCGAUAUUGGCCAUUGAUUUUUAUGGACAUGGACAUUCCUCUUGGAUCCCGGAAGAUAAUUUUACG